CAGAUAUACCCAGAGCUGCCGAAAGCGCGAAAGCUCUAGAAUUCCCAAGCCCCGAACAGCAGCACAAGCUCCAUCCGACGCAAAAUGUCUGUCACUCUUCACACAAAUCUCGGGGAUAUCAAGUGCGAGGUCUUCUGCGACGAGGUCCCUAAAACCGCCGAGAAUUUCUUGGCGCUGUGUGCGAGUGGUUAUUAUGAUGGGACCAUAUUUCAUAGGAAUAUCAAGGGUUUUAUGAUACAAGGUGGAGACCCGACUGGUACAGGGAAAGGAGGGACUAGCAUCUGGGGCAAGAAGUUCAAUGAUGAGAUAAGGGAGUCUCUCAAGCACAAUGCAAGGGGAAUUAUGUCAAUGGCAAAUAGUGGUCCCAAUACAAAUGGAAGUCAGUUCUUCAUUAGCUAUGCGAAGCAGCCUCAUCUCAAUGGAUUGUACACUGUGUUUGGUAAAGUGAUUCAUGGGUUUGAGGUUCUUGAUAUCAUGGAAAAGACUCAAACUGGAGCAGGUGAUCGUCCUCUUGCAGAAAUUAGGCUUAAUCGAGUGACUAUACAUGCUAAUCCUCUUGCUGGUUAGCCUUGAUUUUGUAUUGGUUGAAGGUGGCUAGGACGUAAUCUAGCAAAUAGUCGCAGCUAUGUGUUUGAACUUUGAGCAAUGAGAGGAUAUACAUAGUCAGUUUAUCACUAGCUGAGAAUAUGUAUAGCACAUUUUGGUUACUCUGUUAGCUAGAUGUAACUUGUUAACGUUUAAAUCUAUCAUUUUGGUUGCAUUGUUGUGACCAUAUAUGUUGCUUAAGUUAUCAUCAUAACUUGUUCCCGUAGCCCCGUAGGGUUUACUUGAAGUUAACAAACUUGUAUCUAUUUGGUUUUGUUGUGUUUAAACGUUGAACCUUCCCAAAUUGGGGAAAACUGUGUC